AUGGUACUUGAUAAUGAAAAACUAUGUGAUUCGAAUGAAAAUUUUGACGUCAUCAUACCAUCAAAAUUAUUAUUUGGAUUAGCUGAGGAUUAUAAACAAGUCAUUGUUAACUGUAGACAUGAGCUAAUACUCAUAAGAGCCGACAUUGACUUGGAUGCAAUACAUCAAACUGAAAUCGCUAAUGCGGCAGCAGAAAAUGUAAAAAUUACUCUUGAUAAAAUUGAAUGGUUGGUGCUAUAUGUUACAAUGUCUGAUUCAAAGCAAGUUGAUAUGUUAAGUUACAUCAGUAAAGAUCUAUCAAUAUCGAUACCCUUCAGUUCAUGGGAGCUAUAUGAAUAUCCAUGUUUACCUAUAACAACGAAACACAUCUGGUCUGUGAAGACAACAAAUCAACUAGAGAAGCCAAGAUAUAUUAUAUUUUCAUUACAAACUGGACGUAAAAAUCAAUCGUCAAAACGCGCUGAUAUAUUUGAUCAUUGUAAAAUUGAAGAUUUCGCUGUUUAUUUGAAUUCGCAGCGAUAUCCAUAUGCUAACAUGAAUAUUGAUAUUUUAAAUAGAAAUUUUAUGGAAGGAGGACCAUUCAUUGGAAUCGAUUGUUCAAGUCAAAAAGAAUCUAUUAAAGCAGGGUCAGUCGAUGUUCGUCUUGAAUUUGGAGCUACUGAAGUGUUUCCCCUGGGUACAACUGCAUACUGUUUAAUUUUACAUGAUAGAAUAGUCGGAUAUGAACCAUUAAGUAGACAAAUUCGUAAAUUGAUAUAG